AUGGACUUCCGCUUCGACCUCCUUCCUUCUUUGCGCAUCCUAGAUGCUCGAUUUCCCGAAGAGAUCGGUCGCCAUCCCUACCUCUCCUCUCUGCAAUUGCAGACCGAGAGCCCUGCCAUCACGUGCGAAGACAAGCACAAAAUCUUGAACGUUCUGAGCCAGCUUCUGGUCUCUUCUCCGGUCCUGACGGCGCCGAUCGCGCAACUGUUCAGGCCCAUCUUGCUCGAGUUGGUCGCGCGCGUGACCGACACCGGCCCUCGCUCCGUGCUCGGCGAAUGGGAGGUGCAGCGCUUUGAGGCCACUGCUUCGGCCCUGAGCAAGCUGCUUCACAUGGCACCGCACACCAGCGGCAUGGUGCUGGCCUUCUUCGCUCGCUCGCCUUCUCUCUUUGAACGCCUGAGCCAGCCUCGCGCGGCUGACUCCACGCAUGUCGACGAUUCGUUCGUCGAGCUGGCGAAGACGGCGUACAGAUUCUUGAAGUUCUCAUCAACCGACUUCGGCACCAGUCUUUGGGAUUGGAGCCCCUUCUUCUCUCUCCUCUCCAUCGAGCACAACGCCGCGCUGCGAUUCUACGUUCUGGAAAGCGUUUCCAUUCUGUUGAGCAUCUCCGAUGAGAACAAGCUGAAACUCCCCAACGCUCUCGAUCUCCAACACAUCAAGGCCAUGUGCGAGAUCAGGGUCCACGAAACACAGGAGAUGGCCUUGGAGCAAGCCCUCAUGUUCACCAGCACAUGGGAUGCCGCCUCCACCACCACCUCCUCCGACAGCGCCACUUCACACAGGCACGUGAUCAACAUUAUAAUGCACAGACGGCUGUUUCCUAAAGAGUUGAGCUCUAACCAUCCCUACGCGUGUCGCGACCACAGUGUUGUGACGUCCCAAGACUUGCACUCUUCGUUGGUCUCGGUGUGCGGAGUCCUUCUGCCCCGCCGCAGAAUCAACGACAAGGGCGACGAGGCCAAGCGAGACAACAUGCUCAACGAGUCUCUGGUCUACACCGCUACCACUCUCCUGAACAUGAAGUCGCUGGCUUUGGCCGUGUGCGAGGGCGAUCCGAUCUUGUUGGAGGGCAACACAGGGGCCGGAAAGACCGCCCUGAUCGAGGAAAUCGCUCGACUCACGGGCAAUCAAGACAUCAUCAAGAUCCAUUUGGGCGACCAAACGGACGCCAAGGUGCUCCUGGGCACCUACGUAUGCACGGAAGUGCCGGGCGAGUUCCGCUGGCAGGCCGGAGCACUCACCCAGGCGGUGCGCGAGGGACGCUGGAUCGUGAUCGAGGACAUCGAUCUGGCCCCGCUGGAGAUUCUCUCCGUGCUGAUCCCGCUGCUGGAGACCAGGAAGCUGUUCAUCCCCGGUCGCGGCGAAGUCAUCUACGCGCCCAAGAACUUCCAGCUCUUCGCCACGCAGACCCUCUACGGCUCCUCCGGCGGCUCCGUCGGCCAGAAUGCUCGUCUGCUGCACAACUUCUGGACGCGCGUGGUCGUGGAGUCGCUCUCGUCCGAAGAGUUGGGCACCAUCCUUGCCUCUAAGUACCCGCAAAUCGCCACCCUGGUCCCGCAGUUUAUUGCUACGUUCGACUUGUUGCGUGGUAACACGGAGUCAACGCUGCUGCUGCAGCAGUCGGAGAGCGCGGGCAGUUCGGCGACCACGCCCAUAGUGCUGUCGACGGACUACAUGGUCAACUCUAUCUUCUCCGGGCGUCACCUCUCGACGCGCGAUCUGCUCAAGUGGUGUCGUCGCGUGAACCGCCACUUCCAGAGCCUCGCCCAGCAGGGCGUGACCAACAUCAUCGUCACCUACCAGCUGAAGGAGCUCAUCUACCUGGAGGCCAUCGACUGCUUCUGCGCGAUGGUGCCUUCGCUGGCCAACCGGGAGAAGUGCUACGCCCUCAUCGGGCAGUCGCUCGGCGUGCCCGCGGACAGGAUCCAGCACUUCGUUCAGCUCUACAAGCCCUCGAUCGACCUCUCGCCCACCGCCUUCACCGUGGGGCGGGCAACCCUGCCCAAGGCCCCCGCCCAGGAGUUGCUGACGGCGCCCAGGAAGUCCAAGUUUGCCCACACGAAGCAGUCGCUCACGCUGCUCGAGCGUCUGGCGCAUUGUCUCGGCAUGGGCGAGCCGGCCCUGCUCGUGGGUGAGACCGGCACGGGCAAGACGUCAGUGGUGCAGUACCUGGCCGACCAGCUCGACCAGAAGCUCGUCGUACAGAAUCUGUCGCAGCAGACCGACAGCUCGGAUCUGCUGGGUGGCUUCAAGCCUGUGGAGAUGCGCAUCCUGUGCAUCCCCCUCAAGGCCAAGUUCGACCAGCUCUUCCCCAAGACCUUCUCCAAGAAGGCCAACGCCAAGUUCAUCGCCGACGUGGACCAGGCCUUCGGCCAGCAGGAUUGGAAGAAGUUCAUCCUCCUGCUGACCAAGUCCCUCCAGGAGGUGGAGAAGAAGUUCCUGCUGCUCGAUCAGAAGGAAGACGCCCAGCGGAAGAAGAGCUCUGACGGCACCAAGCCCACGGCGGCCAAGCCUGAGAAGAAGGCCGCCGCCGCCAAGCAGGCUUCGUCGGCGGAGGUCAAGGGCAAACGGAAGGCAGAGGCCGAGCUGAGCAAGGAAGGCGCCAGCGCCGAAGCCAAGAAGCCCAAGCAGGCCGCGCGAAGGAAGAAGCAGGCCCAGAAGCCCGUCAGCCCUCUCGUUCGCCAGGAGUGGAAGAAGCUCGCCGCCGCCGUUUCCAAGUUCGAGAUCCAGCAGGAUCAGCUGAAGAACAACUUCGCAUUCGCGUUCGUGGAGGGCACCCUGGUGGAGGCCGUGCAGAAGGGCUACUGGGUCCUGCUCGACGAGGCCAACUUGGCCACCCCGGAGACCCUUGAGAGCAUCAGCAGCCUGCUCGAGGGCGGCUCCAUCGUGCUCACCGAGAAGGGUGACGUGGAGCCCAUCAAGCGCCACCCCAACUUCCGCGUCUUUGCCUGCAUGAACCCGCCCACCGACAUCGGCAAGAAGAACCUGCCGCCGGGUCUGCGCAACCGCUUCACCGAAUUUUACGUGGACGAGCUGAGCAACGUCGAAGAUCUGCGCACGGUGGUGCACUCCUACAUCAAGGGCUGCGUGGCGCAGCCGCCCGUGGACGACAUCGUCAAUCUGUACCUGGCCGCGAGGCAGCAGUCGCAGAUCGACCUCACCGAUGGCGCCAACCAGCGGCCGCACUACAGCUUGCGUACGCUGUGCCGCGCGCUGGAGUAUGCCCUCCUGAUCCAGCCCGACUACGGUUUCAAGCGGGCGCUCUACGAGGGCUUCAGCAUGAGCUUCCUCACCCAGCUCAACACCACCUCCGUGCCCACCAUGCUUGCCCUCAUCCGAAAAUACCUUGUUAAGGGGAUGAACGACAACCAGCUGCUGAUGCCGCCGAAGAAGCCCGAGGUCGCGGCGGAGCAGGACUUUGUGCUGUUCGAGCAGUUCUGGAUCGCGGUGGGCAACCAGCCGGUGGUGGAUCCCACGCACUACAUCCUCACCGCCAGCAUCAAGAAGCACCUGGCCAACCUCGCGCGCGCUGUACUCUCGCGCAAGUACCCCGUGCUCCUCCAGGGACCCACCUCGAGCGGCAAGACGUCGAUGGUCGAGUACCUGGCCCGGCGCACCGGGCACCGCUUCGUGCGCAUCAACAACCACGAGCACACCGACCUCCAGGAGUACCUCGGUACCUACAUCUCCGACCCCAACGGCAAGCUGGUCUUCCAGGAGGGCAUCCUCGUCGAGGCCGUUCGCAAGGGCUACUGGGUGGUGCUGGACGAGCUCAACCUGGCGCCGUCGGAGGUGUUGGAGGCGCUCAAUCGUCUGCUGGACGACAAUCACGAGCUCUUCAUUCCGGAGACGCAGGAGGUGGUCAAGCCCCACCCGCACUUCAUGCUCUUCGCCACCCAGAACCCGCCCGGGCUCUACGGUGGUCGUAAGGUGCUGUCGCGUGCGUUCAGGAAUCGAUUCGUCGAACUGCACGUGGACGACAUUCCGGACAGCGAGCUCAAGAUCAUCCUGGAGAAGCGCUGCAGCAUGGCCCCGCCCUACUGCGAGAAGCUCGUCGCUGUCCUCAAGGAUCUCCAGCGCCGAAGGCAAGGCACGCAGGUCUUCGCCGGCAAGCACGGUUUCAUCACCCUGCGUGAUCUGUUCCGCUGGGCGGAAAGACGGCCCAACGGCUACCAGCAGCUGGCCGAGGAGGGCUACAUGCUGCUGGCCGAGCGGCUGCGCAAGCCCGAGGAGAAGCGGGUGAUCAAGGAGGUCCUCGAGAAGAACAUGAAGAACGUCGUGAUCAACGAGGACGAGAUCUACUCGCGGCCCUUCAAGGCCGACAGCGUCGAAAACGACCUCUUCGAGAGCCUCCGGAUGGCCGAGGGCUUCGGGUCCAUGGUGUGGAAUCAGUCCAUGCGCAGGUACAUUCUCGUUCUUCUGGGCUUUCCCCCGGUAUUUCUGGAAGCUUAG